UCAGAAAGGGAAGCAAAUUAAGCAUACCCUAUUUCUAAUCGUUAACAAACUUUUUAUGUUCUUUUUGUUUCAAAUGUUGAAUGACAUCAGGGCAUUGUAAACUUUGAGGACAUAUACAUCACAGACAAUGCUUUACACCUCAUGAUGCAAAAUCCCAUGGAAGAUCUGGGCAAAAAGCAUUUUUUUUUCUUUAGCUUACAAAAUUAGUCAUAAAAGAUACUAAAAUAUUUGUGUUGUUUUCUCCUAUCAUAAAAGUUUAUUUUCUCCUUUCAAAAAUGAAAUAUCUCCUCUUUUCAUUCUGUGUGUGUGUGUAUGUGUGUGGGGGGGGUGUAUAGUAAAUCAUUUAGUUGCAAUAGUUCGUUGUUAGAAAUCUUGCAUGUUGAUUAAUCUAAUCUGCCUGUCUUCCAGUUCCACCAGGCCCCACAGCUUUCCAAGCUCAUGCGAAAUUCUGAGUUGGCUGCUCUCUGCAGGGUGGACAUUGGACAGAGGAACCCAACUUCUUCCAUAUCGCUUAGGUCGCUCAGGACUCCAAUCUGCAUCAGAAAAACUUUUGAAUCAGGUUCUGCCCUGUCGGGCUGUCACUGUGUCCCUAAGGACCCCGAGAAAAGGCAUCUCCUUCUCUGGAGAGAUUCUCAGACUGAUCUUUCACUCAGAAAUGUGGACCCGGGAUGACACAUCAAGAACGAAAAAGCCCCGCCAGUCCCACCCGCAGACCAGAGGCCUCCCUGCAAAUCCCCGGGAGUUACUGAACCUGGGAACCCAAACCAGCCAGCGGGCAGCCCGACGGCCGAGUCCCCCGCAGCCCUCCAUCCCGCCUUUACUUUCCCUGUGCUCAGCCAUGGCGGACAUGGGGGGCCUGGACAACCUGAUGGCCAACACGGCCUACCUGCAGGUCCGGAAGGCGUGGGAGGGAGACAGCCGGGAGCUGCAGCGCCGCCGCCUCUUCCGGGACUUCCUGGCCACGGUGCCCCGGUACCGAGAGGCCGUGGCCUUCCUGGAGCAGGUGCAGAGCUGGGAGCUGGCGGAGGGCCCGGCCAAGGGCAGCAGCCUGCAGGCGCUGGUGGCCGCUGCUGGCAGCCCUGCCCCCGGGCACCCACCCGCCUUCCUCAGCCCGGCUCUGAGCGCCAGGUGCCUGGCCGCCACUACCGAGGAUGAGCGGGCAGCCCUGGUGGCGCUGGCCCGGGCGGAGGCCAUGGCCUUCCUGCAGGGCCAGCCCCUCAGGGACUUCCUGGCCAGCCCCUUCUACGACCAGUUUCUGCGGUGGAAGGUCUUUGAGAUGCAGCCCGUGUCGGACAAGUACUUCACUGAGUUCCGCGUGCUGGGGAAAGGUGGCUUUGGGGAGGUGUGUGCUGUUCAGGUGAAAAACACUGGUAAGAUGUAUGCCUGUAAGAAGCUGGACAAGAAGCGGCUGAAGAAGAAAAAUGGUGAGAAAAUGGCUCUGUUGGAAAAGGAGAUCUUGGAGAGGAUCAGCAGCCCUUUCAUUGUCUCCCUGGCCUAAGCCUUUGAGAGCAAGUCCCACCUCUGUCUGGUCAUGAGCCUGAUGAACGGGGGAGACCUCAAGUUCCACAUCUACAGCGUGGGCGCCCGCGGCCUGGCCAUGAGCAGGGUGGUCUUCUACUCGGCCCAGAUGACCUGUGGGGUGCUGCACCUGCAUGCUCUCGGCAUCGUCUACUGGGACCUGAAGCCUGAGAACGUGCUCCUGGACGCCGUUGGCAACUGCAGGCUGUCUGACCUGGGGCUGGCCACGCAGAUCCAGGACGGCAGGCCUGUCACCCAGAAGGCUGGAACCAAUGGUUAUAUGGCGCCUGAAAUCCUAAUGGAAAAAGUGAGUUACUCCUAUCCCGUGGACUGGUUUGCAAUGGGAUGCAGUAUUUAUGAAAUGGUUGCUGGAAGAACACCAUUCAAAGAUUACAAGGAAAAAAUCAGUAAAGAGGAUUUAAAGCAAAGAACCCUGAAAGAAGAGGUCACAUUCCAACAUGAUAACUUCACAGAGGAAGCCAAAGAUAUUUGCAGACUCUUGUUGGCUAAGAAACCAGAGCAACGCUUAGGAAGCAGAGAAAAGUCAGAUGAUCCCAGGAAACACCCUUUCUUCAAAACCAUCAACUUUCCUCGCCUGGAAGCAGGCCUCGUGGAACCCCCAUAUGUGCCAGACCCUUCGGUGGUUUAUGCCAAAGACAUCGACGACAUUGAAGAUUUCUCUGAGGUUCAGGGAAUCGAGUUUGAUGAUAAAGAUAAGAAGUUCUUCCAAAGGUUUGCAACAGGUGCUGUCCCCAGGGCGUGGCAGGAAGAGAUCAUAGAAACGGGACUGUUUGAAGAAUUGAACGAUCCCAACAGACUUGCAGGUUGUGGGGAGGGUAACUCGUCCAAGUCUGCUGUGUGUUUGUUAUUAUAAGUUGUUCUCUCUACCAGACAGGCAGCAGGAGUCUCAGCUGACCUAAUCCUCGAAUGUUCCUGUUAACCUAAAAAUAAAAAUUAAAAAGGCCUUUCAAGAUGAGACGCAACACACGUUUAUUGAGGUCCAUAAGAAGAGCUAUUUGGGACGCACUGAUUCCGACGGGAGCCCAGAUGGUGUUCCGAUUAGGAGACGGAGGUGACGGGAAUGUAUGAGAAAGGGAAGGGUGGCAGUUACAUCAGUAAGAGGAAGCCAUGUCCAUCGGUGCAGAGAACAUAACACAGUGAUGUUAAUUCUCAAUAAUGCUAUUUUAGUUUCCAGUCCAGUAGUUAUAGGAACUGCUUUCUUGUUAUCUUUGCAAACAGAUUUUUAGGACAAACGUUGCCCUAGGCCCCGUCCAGAGGUUAUUUUGUCCUGUUUUAACAUUCCAGAGAUUUGAGGCCCAAGACACACUAGGCAGUUUCUCUGGCGGGGCAGUUCUGGUUUCAUUUUAAAGUGGCUCCAUUUAUGUCGUGUUUAUGUUCCUAACACACGAAAAUCUAUUACAAAGGGAACUGAUUGAUCAGGAGGGCAUUUAUCAUAAAGCAGUUCAAAGGACAGCCUCUCUCUCUCUCUCUCUCUCUCUCUCUCUCCUUUCUUCCUUCUUCCUCCUGUCCUCCCUCCCUCCCUCCCUUUCUUUUUUCAUAAAGAUGAGAGCAGUCUCCGUUUCACUGAGGGCUGGGAAAAGGAACACAGGUUUAUUUUGAUAAACUAAAAGCAUGAGCUCUCUACUAUCAUGUCCCUGAAAAUUACACAAAGUCCUAGGAGCACAGAAAGGAGCUUUGUGGUGUGCACAGAAAAUGAGCAUUUGCAAUUCUUAGUAAAUAAUCAUUUUAGUUUUCCUUUGUUUAUAUCCUUUCUCCCCUUCAUCUUUCAGGUUUGUUUGUUUGUUUUCUGCUUCUGUACUUAUAAAAAGGAUUUUGAUGCUGGAAGUAAGUGUCCCUGAUAUCCUCCCCAUAAAAGAGUGGGUUGUAAUAUUUUGGCAAUAUCUCAGAUUAUAAAAUAAUUUUUAAUUUA